GGCGGCACACGCCGCCCAUUUAAAGGGAUAUUACAUACAUCUACAUGUACUCUUCGCCAUUAUUGCUUCACUUAUCUGUCUCGGUGCGAUGAGUUCCGACGUUGCGGACCUUUCCUUCCUCCGUGUUGCGGACUGUCCGCGCUCGCUACGAACGCGCCAACAAGAAGCGACGCGGCGGGUAGCCGACGUUGUAUACGAUGACAGCUGCCGACCUGGCACUUUUGGAGUCGUGGCUCGAGGAACUGUCGCCGGCCCUGCUCUGGACCUUGGACGACGCUUUCGUCCCGUGGCUACCGCUGCUGAAGAACUGCACGCGUCGCCGUGCCGUCAGAAACAUCAUCCGCGCCUUGCAACGUACCGCAGUGCUGAGCCAACGGCUGCAGUGCCUCGCUUGGCUACACUGCUGGUUGCUGCCGCGUAGAAGCAUUCGGCCGUGGCACGCCAUUCGCUUCCAAAAAUCUGAGGUUCUCUCCGACUUUGGCCGGGUCCUGUCACGCACGGCGUCGGUGCUGCGCUUUGACGGCAGCGAGGUGACGCUAACGUGGACCUUGGACGAGGGCACUGUCUUCGCAUGUCUGCUCGUGCACAGACUGGAGAGCCUGUCUGCCGAUCACGAGGCGUACUACGUGGCCCUGUGGCCUGGGCUGCCACUCGUGACCAUGUUUGCACCGCAGGAACGCGCAGUGCGCCGCUUGCGGCUGGCCUUGGAAAGGGCGACGGCGGACGCACCAAUGCAGAAACUAGACGUGCCCAACGGAGACCUCGAGGUGGUGUUCCACGCCUGCUGCAGCUCGCACUUGCUGAUACAGAUUGAACCGGGUACACUGGAAGUUCCCGUCGUGAGAAAAGAAGAUCCAGGCGACCGAAAAGCCCUUGACAAAGACUCAAAACGGCGCCUUCAUAACUGGAAUGCUGCUCUUGCUACGUUGGGGCGCGACCUGAAUCCUGUGGACGAUUCCUUUACGCUUACUAACGGGAAAGGGAUUUGGGUGUCCUUUGAAGGUCCCAACCUUCUGGACAAGCUGCGCAGUCUUUAUAUGCGUGGUUUCGAUCGAAUCAUAAGCGAGGAAAUGAUGCCAGCUUUCAUUGGAAAGGACCAUGUUGUGGUCAGAGGGGACACUUCCGGCGAUUCUAGCAGUUCAAGUUAAAAUUGUAUCUGCAUACUCUUCAAGUAUGCUGUUAUCCUGCUCAGCGACCACUACUCAGGCUCAUUUCCUGAGAGCUUUUCAUCACCCAUCUCAUCUGCUCGAAGGAUUACUGCAGUUUGGGAUUGAUAACAUUGCCACUCGUGCCGAAAUGCUAGACACAGUUGCUCUCUGCAGAACUCAUUCAUCAUUCCCAUAGCCUUACUGGACAUGGUUGUGCAGAGGUGUCAUGUGCUCAACCCAUACGUGCGUUUUUAGCCAUUGACCUCUUUGUGUCUGUGCUAACAAUUGUUAUUGCUCCUUACUAUUUUGUUAUUUAUGCACUCAAUUUAGCAUUACUACACAGGCUACAGUCACUGUACUUGUGACGACAUCGCAUUUGUCACCAACUUUUAUGUUCUACUUUGUUGUUCCAUCUUUUGUUGUCAUACUGCUCGGUACACAGAGGGCGAAAGAACAGGCUGGCACGGUUUAUUUUGCUUUUUGUCUGUUUCCCCAUAAUUUGACAAAUUCGUACUGGCUAAACAAGGUAGUGUUUUAGUGAUUUACCAUUAUUUACCCUGAGUGACCAGGCUGAUUUAAUGCCAGACCUAAUUUAGGUGUUAUUUUUGUUAGUACAGUUUGUUUUCUUUUUUGUCAUUUCUAAACAAGCCACUUUACUGCACACACUUCUUCUGGCAAGCUUUGUCAGGAACAAGCUUUUUUAUUAGAAGAAUAUUUCCUAUAAUGUCCCAUUACGCAAAAAGUCUUGCUAGUAACGCUGUUAAUAAGCUGCGGUUCUGAUGAAAAAGGAAGUUCUCAUAGUGUUUAUCCCAGAAAGAAAUCUGCUGUGUGCAUGAUUUACCUGUUUCUCCUACAAACUCUUUUUAUAUUUUUUUAAAGCUUCGGCCAGUGUUUGUUGACAGAUAUUUCAUUACUUUGACGAAAAUAAAUGUAUCCUAAAGGUGCAUGCUUUUUUUUUAAUGGCUAAUGAUGGCACACUGAAGAUCUUCACGGCUUUCUGUCCUUUUGUGCGAUUUGGUGUAUCCUUACUUGUUUGUGGGGCUGUGCAAAUAUCAAAAUUUCUAGUGCAAGGAGAGUUUGAAUAUUCUUCUAUUAUUUCUCCUAUAUUUUAAAGCAACAUUGUCCUUUCAUUGUCAUUUUUGUCCUUUUGUGCGAUUUGGUGUAUCCCUACUUAUUUGUAGAGCUGUGCAAAUAUCAAAAUCUUUGGUGCGAA